CUGUGGUGUUGUGGAUCGACCGGGGAACUUUUGUCUCGUUUCCUGACCUUGACUUCCCAUUUUGGGCAGGCGGGCUUUUGGAUUACGACCUGUUGAUUGAUGCCGUGUCUUUUGAAAUCUCUUGUAAUACGGCAUGCGAACGUACAGUUCGUUGUAUGGCCUCGUGUAAUACAAAUGGGCUUCUGAAGUAUUAUGCAGAUGUCAUUCUAAAUGGGGAUAACCUUAUUUCACUUACUCAACCCCACAAUAGUUUUGAUAACAACGAUUCUACUGAAAGAAAAUAUACUAAUAUAAUGGCUCCUCGGACAGAUCCUUCCUUUGUUUCAAUGCCCGUGCAAGUAAACGGUACUUCCGAUGCUAUUAAAAACGAUAGUACAAUGGGAAAUGAGGCUGAACAGUCUGUUUCUUCUGAACAGGUUUCAUCUGAUAAAUCACAGAGUUGUCUUGCUACCGACAAUGAGACAUUAAUUCCAAGCUCACAAUCUGAUCAUAUUUCCACAAAGCUUCAAAAUCAAACUGUUUGCGACAAAUUAAUUGAUUAUGAGAGAACUCUUCAAAAUCAUUCUUUGCUCACACAACGUUUAUCUGUCUGUUCUCAGCGUUUAUUUCAUAAUCGCACUAGAGCCCUCAGUUUAUUAACACGGUUGCUCGCCUGCAACUCUUCUGUAUCACAAGAUGAAUUACUUUCCAGCGAUUCUUUGCCUAGCAUUAUAUCACCAAAUUUGACGUAUGAAGAUACAGAAAGUAGUACCGACGACGAAGCUGAAAUGAAGAAGGCUUUGUCCAGCUCUAAACAGUCUUGGUUAUACACUCGUUCCGUAACGCAUUCAAACUGGCAUUGGUUAUGUACAGAAAUAAAACAUGCUGAAAAAUGUUUACAAAAUCUUUAUAUGUUAAAAAAUAACUCUGAUCAAGAAAAGUUAUCUCAGUAUCAAAGUAAUAGUAAUAACAUUGAAAAUGAUGCAGAAGUUAGCUGUUCUCGUACAUCUCCAUACAUAAAUACCAAACGGAAACGACAUACUUAUCACAAUCUCUCAUCACCUAAAUGCGCUAGUGUGAUACAGGAACUACGCAAACAUUCACUUAGUGAUCCUCACAUUAAAUGCUCUUGCAUUCCCCCAUUUAUUGGACCAUGCAUCUUAUGCUGUGGAUCUGAACCAAGUACUAGUCACACGGAGUUGGCAAAUAAAUCAGAUGAACGUGAUUUACUUAUGUCAGCCCACUCGUUAUGUAGUCAUAUUCAUCCUAAAUUGUCAAUUCCAGGAGAUUUCAUGUUUUUUUUCUAUUUUCAAACUAGUCGUAUCCCUGUGAAUGUAAAUAAAAGUUGUUUAGUCACUUUUAUCCAUACCAAGUUUCGGAAAUAUUCAUUUUCUUUUCCGUCCAUCGACUAAUGAUAAAUUCAUUGGUGUAAAUGGAUAUUCUGGAUAUCAAUUCUCACUAACUCCUCUGUUUUAGAUGUUUGUAUCCGACCAAAUAGUCGGUAUUAUACUGCUAACCUUAAUCAGUUUUCCUAUUUUUGAGUAAACCCUAGGUAUUAUGUAAAAAGUAACUCUGUAGGAUUUAGGCUGCUGGUACUACAAGUAUUUAGAUUCUCAUAAUCAAAUCCCACUGCAUGACAUAAAUACAUUCUAAAAGUGGAGUAUAUAUUUUUAUUCCCGCAAAUCAAAAAAUGGAAGGUAUGUGUUUACAUAUAUGAGCUCCAUAAAAGAACAUUUUUUUCAUAUUCCCUGCAGUUUGAUGAAUUUGGGAAUAGGGGAUGACAUGAAAAGGUAAUGUUACUCAGUUUGUGACAUAACACUGUUGAAUAAAGUAUAUUUUUUAUUGAAUUAAUAGUUUAUGAUAAUCUUCCAUGCAUUCCCUGUGAUUGUCAAAAAAUGUUAUACAGCAGUAACUAAGGUCACUAUAAUAUGGUGUGCUUAAAAAAUUCAGUAAUUACUAUAUAUCCUUUUCAUUAUCCAUAAAAACACUUGCUAUAGUUGGGGUAUGAUCGCAUAAGAUCAUGAUUUUUGUGAUGCUUUUUCUAUUACAUUUGUGGUUGCGCACACUUUUUUAUUUGCUUAAUUGUGUGAAUAAAAAUAUUCCACUUCAUUCGAAAAUGUUCAUGAUGAUCCUGUUUAUAGUAGAAGAAAUUCCUCUGAGUAAUUUGUAGCUUACAUACUAGCAAACUAUUUAUUUACCGUAUGUUUUAGGCUUUUUAUGGAAUAUUCGUUGUCUGUGGCAGCAAUCUAGUCAACAAAUCAUAGACAACGUAAAACCUGGUGUAUGUAAGUAUCAGCUCAAGUUGCUACACCGUAUUAAUACAGUGAUGUAAUGCCAUCAGAAUGAAUACCAAUGUAGAAGUAGUUGUAGUAGUAUCAGUGGUAGUAAAAAAAUGAUUACUUAUAGAGAGUAGGAUUCGAAAAGAAAGAAUUAAUUCGUGAAAUGAAAUGUGGAAUGUGAAUCUGAUCUAAGGAAAGUUUUUUUUAUAUAAGUGUUGACUAAACCACAUGAACACAGUCACUCAAAGUUCGACCGUUUAGUCAAGAACUAGGUAUCAGUAAUAAGACGUAUGUUGAUACAAGUAUUGAGUAUGAGAAACGGAUGCGGUUCGCAAUAUAAAUAUGUCUGUUAUUCAUGUGAACUAUAAGGGUAUGUCUGUCUACACUCACUAAGAAACCACAGAAUUCUUUGACCUGACAUCAAGAAGACAUUACUAUUGGGAUUAAUUAUGAACCAUGUUACCCGACAUCAUCCAAUGAUCAUAAUGGUUACAUUUACUUCAACCAAGGAAUCUGCACCUACCAACAUAGUUUGGACCAACAGAAAUUUCAAUAAUUGAAUAAAAGUGCUAUCAAUCGAUAGCUAGACUGUAUUUGUGCGAGACAUAAUUAGGGUUGUAAUAGUCAUCUGUAUUGAUAUAUCCAACCUUCAUUUGGGAUCAUUAUCUAUCAAUACAGCACUGAAAUCACUCAGAUAGUUCAGAUUUCUCUAUAUAUGAGUAUUCUGUGCUAGUUGUUGGCAAAAAUAUUAUAAAAACCUGUCUGCUCGCUUCUCAUGCUUCUGACAAAGCAUUCGCAUCAUAACACCAAUGUUCGCAACACUUUAAGAUAAUAUUAGUGCGUUUUUUAUCAUUAUUUCGUAUACUCCGAUUAUUUAGAUCUAACUGUUAACAAAUCAUAGUUGAGGAUUCUAGUCACUAGGUUUAUAUGGGUAUUGUUACUAAUUAAAAUUUCAUUGAUUAUGUAUUGACAGUUGUUAUAAUUCUCUCUUACGGUUAUAACCCAGCUAUUCCCAUUGCUUAGUAUUCUCGGACACCAAUUCACUCGACAAGUCCCCAAAUC